UUUCUACUCAAAACCCAACAAGGAUUGCUGACUGCCCUAAACCGACUACACCCUUGUCUUUUUUUCAUCCUCCUAACAAAGACUUGAAAUCUCGUAAGACGCAAAUGUCUGUUCACGACGGAAGUGCCUGGUUUUAUCCGGCUCUUUGGGCUGGAAUCGCCAUGACAUCCCUCUUUGGUCUGCGGAAAUUUCGAUCUUCCAAAUGGGGCUAUUUCAAGAUCGACCAGGACUUGCAAGGGCGUGUCAUCGUAGUGACUGGUGCCAACACCGGAUUGGGCUACCAUGUCUGUCUUCAGCUGGCCAAAGCCAAGGCCACUGUCAUCCUGGCGUGCCGAAGUGAGACCAAAGGCUCCGAGGCUUUGCGAAGAAUCCGGAGCGCCACGAGAAACGAAGACCUUCACUUUAUGCCCUUGGAUUUGGCCAAUUUGGAGUCGGUGCAAAAAUUCGCUCAAGAGCUACAAGCCCAAUUUCCCAAGAUUGAUUGCUUGGUGUGCAAUGCUGGGGUGUGGUUCCCUAUGGAACAGGGUUGCCGGACUCAGGAUGGUUAUGAGAUCCACUUUGGGGUGAACCAUUUGGGCCAUUACCUCUUGGCUCGAAGUCUUAUGGAGAACUUGAAGCAAUCGGAGGAUGGGCGGGUGGUCAUGGUCUCAUCGGCUCUGAUGAACCGUGGUCAAUUGGAUUGCUCCAACAGAAAAAUAAUUUAUGAGGGCCGGGUUUUGGACCCAACAGAGCGGAAGAAAUAUGACUCUCCGGGUUACAAUGAUUCUAAAUUAAUGAAUUCAUUGUUUGCCAAGGCUCUGGCUCAGAUCGUUCCUGAUCGUGUUGGCGUCUAUUCAGUGUCUCCAGGGUGGUGUUAUACGGAUUUGUUCCGAGGAGGCUCUUGGCUCAAGAAGCUCCUAAUUCUGCCCUUUGCCUUUUUGUUCAUGCGGAGUGCCUCCCGGGGGGCGCAAAAUAUUGUUCAUGCCGUGGUUGAGGACAAAGGCCAAUUGACGAAUGGAGCUUAUUAUGCCGAUUGCCAACUGGCUUUGAAAGAAAACAAAAAAUUGGACGCCAUGGCGUCGGAGGGUCAAGAGCUUUGGAGGCUUUCCGAUGAUCUCAUCAGGUCAUAUCUAUAAGGCUGAAACUUUGUCAUGUCUUUAAGCCCCAGACCCAUGUCACAAUAUGUACAAUGUACUGGUUAGAGAGGAUGUAUGGAUGUAUAUCUAUGAGCUUUAUUAAAUAACAAGCAGAGUU